CGCCUGCCUAUAAUUCACCUGACGUGAGAAGAGAAAUGUAGGUGUCAGAAAAUGACAUAAACAUAACAUAACCGCUCAAAAGUGUGUGACCAUGGAAUUGAAUGAAUCAAAUAUUUCAAAUUCAAGUAAUGAUACAACAAAUACAUCGAUUACGCCAGUCAAUAAGAAACCAUAUGGUUCUGUUAAGAAAAGACACGGCGCUUCGCGUUUAUUUCAGGAGAAAAAGGAAGAAAUAGCAGAGCAGCGUGUUGAGCGAAAACAUUGGAAUAAAGCUAUGGCUCUGUUAAAUGCCCCUCUCGAGACAGAAGAUAUAUAUUGCUUUAAGAAUGACAGAUCUGCGAGACGUAUCUUUGCAUCUAGCCCAAGCCUUGUCCAGGAAAUCAGACGAGCACUGUUAAGACAUGAUUGGAUAUCUGUUAGCCGCUUAUAUCAGUGCUACCUAGACGUCGGUGACAAUAACAGUGCAAUCACUAAUAAGCUGAUGAUAGCACAAUUACUUUCAAAUCCUGCAUCAAACUCCCAGCUGUUCAAAGAUUUCUGCUGUAUGGCUUUGGGCAUGAAAGGAAAAGAGAUAGAUAUUUUUCUCCAAACAAUAUGUAAACUUCCAAAAGAAAUACCUCGAGGCUACAUAAAAAUUCGGAAGCAUAAAUUAAUUGUGAAAAACAAGGGUGGUGACAUAGCCCCUGCCACUUCAUAUUUGAAUGCAACACUUCAAGAGAAGACUGAUGAAGGUGAUGCGGAUGAUUAAUAUUUUCACUAUCAUUCUAAUUUUAUUGCUUACUAUGAAUUCUGAAGGUUAAGUUUUUUAUUUAUUUACACAAGACAAUAUUUUUAAGACCGGGAAUCAUGAAUUUUAUUAUUUAAGGGUCUUAAUUAUAAUAUCUUUGGGUCUUUGAAGUCUGAAAUAAAUGUUCAAGUCUGUACAAAA